CUUGAAGAAAACAAUACUCUAAGUCUGUAAUGUUUAACUCAAUAACAGAAUAAUGGGCGGGCAUAGCAGUUAGCCACCCCUUCCAACGGUCAUCGUUAUCCAAAACUACCUCUGCAAAUUCUACCCUUCAUCUUCAUCUUCUUCUGCUUCUUCCUCUUUCACCCGUUUCUCUGCAACUUCAAUUUCCAAUUCAAACACCAAAAACCCCUCAAAAACCCUAAUUUUCCGACCCCAAUUUCUGAUGCAAAUUCAUCCAAACCCAACAUGAUAAAAACUCUAACCUUCACUCUUUCUCUCUCCUCUCAACCUUUUCUCUCUCCUAAACCAAACCCAUUUCCCAAUUUCCCUCAAAACCCAGUAUUACUAUUUCCCCAAAAAUCCCCCCUUUUCUCAAAACCCUACUCUCUCUCCUCUGAUUUCAAGCUCAAAGCCAAAACCAAAGACCUAAUUCUGGGCAACCCAUCAUUCACACUUGAAAAGGGUAAGUAUAGUUAUGAUAUUGAGACCUUAAUUAAUAAGUUAAGUAGUCUUCCUCCUAGAGGGUCUAUUGCUAGAUGUCUUGAUGCAUUUAAAAGUAAGCUUUCUCUUAAUGAUUUUGCUUUGGUUUUUAAGGAAUUUGCUCAAAGGGGUGAUUGGCAAAGAUCCUUAAGAUUGUUUAAAUAUAUGCAGCGCCAAAUUUGGUGCAAACCUAAUGAACAUAUAUAUACUAUUAUCAUUGGGGUCUUGGGUAGAGAAGGGUUGCUUGAGAAAUGUCAUGAGGUGUUUGACGAUAUGCCUGUUCAUAAUGUACCUCGUAGCGUGUUUUCGUAUACUGCUUUGAUUAAUGCUUAUGGUAGGAAUGGUCAGUAUGAGACCGCCCUUGAGUUGUUGCAUAGGAUGAAGAAAGAGAGGGUGGCUCCUAAUAUAUUGACUUAUAAUACUGUGAUUAAUUCUUGUGCUAGAGGUGGGUUGGAUUGGGAGGAGUUGUUGGGGUUGUUUGCUGAGAUGAGGCAUGAAGGGGUUCAGCCUGAUAUCGUGACUUAUAACACGUUGCUUAGCGCUUGUGCUAGUAGAGGGUUGGGUGAUGAGGCUGAGAUGGUGUUUAGGACUAUGAAUGAAAGUGGGGUUUUGCCUGAUAUAACAACGUAUAGCUAUGUUGUUGAGACAUUUAGCAAGUUAGGUGAGCUUGGAAAGGUUUCUGAACUUUUGAAAGAGAUGGAGCUGAGUGGUAAAAUGCCUGAUAUAUUGUCAUAUAAUGUGUUAUUGGAAGCUUAUGCACAAAAGGGAUCCAUUAAAGAGGCUAUGGGGGUGUUUAGGCAGAUGCAAGAAGCGGGCUGCAUGCCGAAUGCUAGUACCUAUAGUAUUUUGUUGAACUUGUAUGGUGGCCAAGGGAGGUAUGAUGAUGUUCGUGAGCUUUUCCUUGAGAUGAAAGUGAGCAACACUGAGCCAGAUGCUGCAACUUAUAAUAUUCUUAUACAGGUUUUUGGCGAGGGUGGUUAUUUUAAGGAAGUGGUGACUUUAUUCCAUGAUAUGGUGGAGGAGAAUGUGGAGCCAAAUAUGGAGACCUAUGAAGGGCUGGUGUUUGCUUGUGGGAAAGGAGGCUUGUAUCAGGAUGCAAAAGAGAUUUUAUUACGUAUGAAUGAAAAAGGCUUGGUGCCAAGUGCUAAGGCCUACACUGGGGUUAUUGAGGCUUAUGGGCAAGCUGGGUUGUAUGAGGAAGCUCUUGUCGCAUUUAACACUAUGAAUGAGGUGGGAAGUAAGCCCACUGUGGAAACCUAUAACUCUUUGAUCCAUACAUAUGCAAGGGGUGGACUUUAUAGGGAGGUAGGAGCAAUCGUGACUAGGAUGAUUGAGUCCGGUAUAGGAAGGAACAGCGAUUCAUUUAAUGGUGUUAUUGAAGGUUUUAGACAGGGAGGUCAGUUUGAGGACGCCAUAAAGGCCUAUGUUGAGAUGGAUAAUGCAAAAGUUGACCCAAAUGAGCAAACACUUGAGGCAGUCUUGAGUGUUUACUACUUUGCCGGGCUUGUUGAAGAGGCAGAAGAGCAGUUUCAAGAGAUUAAAGCAUUCGGAAUCCUACCAAGCGUGAUGUGCUACUGCAUGAUGCUUGCGGUCUAUGCAAAAACUGAUAGGUCAGGUUUUUUUUUGGUAUCUCUUCUUCAUGGUUUGGUUAUUAAAGUAUGUAUCUCAUAGAAUUUCCUGAAGUAC